AUGGUCAUCACCAGCUCCCGCAGGGAACCUGGGUGUGAGCGAGGCCCGCGCUGCAGCGAGCGGCCACCAGGGGGCGCCCAGGCCACGCAGGAAGCUGAGCUGCCUUGGCUCACCAUGGACAGCGGCGUGCCCCUCAUCUGUGACUACGGCUCGGGCCUCAGCAAGGUGGGCUUCGCAGGAGCCGAGGCGCCCCAGGCCAUCUUCCCAACCAUGCUGGGGAAACUCCGGCACGACAACGUGUUGGUGGGAAUGGAGGAGGAAGACUGGUUCAUCGGAGCCGAGGCUCAGAAACACCGAGAGAGAAUCAUCCUGCAGUACCCCAUCUCCCGAGGGAGCGUCGUGAACUGGGACACCAUGGAAAAGAUCUGGCAUCAUUCCUUCUACCAGGUGCUGCACACCGCCCCGGAGCAGCACCCCCUGAUGCUGACCGAGCCACCUUUAAACGCACCGGCCAACAAGGAGAAAGCGUGCCAGAUCCUGUUCGAGACCUUCAACGUGCCUGCCCUGUACCUGGCCAAUCAGGCAGUCCUCUCUCUCUACUCCUCCGGGCAGACCUCCGGAACCACCAUUGAAGCCGGGGAGGGGAUGACGCACUUCGUGCCCAUCAGCGAGGGCUGUCCUUUGCAUCAGUCGACCAUCCAGCUGGACAUCGCGGGGCAAGACCUGACCUUGUACCUCCUGCAGCUGCUGUCAGCUGGCGGACACCCCCUGCUGGGCACAGCUGACCGGGAGUGCGUCAGGGACCUGAAGGAGAGGUGCUGCUACGUGGCCCCCGACUUUGACAGGGAGAAGGAGCAGGCCUCGCCCUCCUGCCAGGAGAAAUACCGGCUCCCCGACGGCCAGGAGAUCUGCCUCGGGCAGGAGAGGUUUUUCUGCCCCGAGGCACUCUUCCAGCCGGAGCUCAUCGGGAGAAACAGUGUGGGGAUGCACAUGACGGCCGUGCAGAGCAUCUCUGCCUGCAGGCCCGCGCUCUGGAGGGCCCUGUUCGGCCACAUCAUGCUGUCCGGAGGGACCAGCUGCGUCUCCGGCUUGCAGUCCCGACUGCAGAGAGAGAUAGUGGAGCUGGUUUCGCCCGCACUUACGGUCAAGGUGAUCAGCUGCCCCUACUCUGCCUACGGCGCCUGGGUCGGGGGCUCCAUCUUGUGCUCCCUCUCCACCUUCGAGGACAUGUGGGUCACCAGCUCCGAGUACAGUGAGGUCGGCUCCUCUGUCGCCUGCAGAAGAAGUUUCUGA